AUGGGGCCGGGGUCCCUGCUGCUGAACCCCCUCGGGGGCGGACCGCCCCCCUUCUGCCACCUCCGCCCCGGGGCCUGGCUGGGCGGAGGGGGGCCUGGGCGCCUGAGCCCUUCCCCUGGCCAGAGGCCGGUCCCGGCCCCGGCCCCGCCGGGUGCCCGAGGCGCGCCUCGCCUUUUAUGGAGAGGGCCGGUCCGGGCGGCCCCGGCCGGGAGAGAGGGCCCUCCACCGCCCGCCCGCCCGCCCGCUGCCGGCGCGGCGCGCCUUUUGUGCGGGCGGGCGUGCGGACGGGGCGAAGGGGCAGCUGGGCUCGCUGGCAAAAGCGCCGCGCCCCAGCCGCUCGCUCGGUGGCCACGUGCCGCCGGCGGCCCCUCUCCCGCCGCCUCCGCCGCCCUCCCCCCGGAAACUGGAUCGGCGGCGGCGGCGGCGAGCGGGGAGCGACCGCAAGCUGCGCGGGGGCGCGGGCUUGGCCGAAAGCCCGCGGCGGCGGCGGCUGCGGGUCGUGGCCGCGUGCAGCGAGGCUGCCCCAAGGCUGCCGGCCCCCUCCCGCCCGCCCGCCCUUCCCUGCUGCCUCCCCUUGUCCCCCUCGUUCCCUGUGCACACCUGGAGGGGGCGUCGGUGCGGGGGGGGCUCUCUCGGGGUCUCCUGGAGGCCGGAUUCAGGCCUGCCUGCCUGCCUGCCGGCCUGCCUGGCCGCUCCCCCGGGGCAAAGAUGCUGCCCGGGAAGGCGGAGAAGCGGCGCAGCUCGUCCCUCUUCAUCCCCCUGGCGCCCCCCGGGAGGGCUCCCGUGGCUCCCGACAAGGUCCGAGCCCCGCAGAGCUGCAGCCCCCCUGGCCAAUAUCGUCCCAUCGAGGCUCCGGAGGCUGCUGGUGCCCAGCCACCCCGAACUUGUGCCAGUGCCGCCAAGGGGGUGGAGGGGGGCUCCUGGGGAGUGCUUGGCAUGACCAGGGCAGGUGGCUCCACACCACCGCCUCCGUCCUUCCUGCCCAGCUGCCGGGGGCGCCCUGCCCCAGAGGGCGUCUGUCCUCCUCCUCCGCUGUCCUCUGACCCCUUCUUGGCUCCUGCUCUCCAGGAAGAGAGGGGGGCCUUGCGGCCCCCACCCCGACAGAUCUCUUCCAUGUUUCCAGCAGAACUAAGGCAGAUGCCGAUUCUGUCUCCAAAGUUUGACUGGGCUAGUGAGACUGGCAAACCGGUGGAGAAGGCCAUUUCUACAGAUAUUUGUGCCUUUUGCCACAAAGCCCUCUGCUCCUGGGCUCCAGCUGUUCAGGCCAUGAACAAGCAGUACCACGCAGAGUGCUUCAGGUGCCGAGUGUGCCACUCUGCCUUGGCAGGGCAGCAAUACUUCCAAAGAGAGGGGCGGCCCUUGUGCACCGCCUGCUACCAGAGCACCCUGGAGAAAUGUGCCAAGUGCCAGGCUUCCAUCUGGAGCCAGAUCGUGCGGGCCUUGGGCAGCGGGUACCACCCGGAGUGCUUCGUCUGUGUGGAGUGCGGCCGGACCAUUGGAGAUGAGACGUUUGUGGUGGACGAAGAGGGUGGGGUGCACUGCCUCGGCGACUUUCACAGGAAGUUUGCUUGGGUGUGCAGUGCCUGUGAGAAGGCCAUCACCCCCAGUGGAGGGAGGGACCGCUACCGGAUCGAGUGCCUGGGCCGCUGCUUCCAUGAGGAUUGCUACCGGUGUCAGAGCUGCCGGGUCCGGCUCUCCCCAGAAUCUACGGAGGACGGCUGCUACCCUUUGAAUGGGUGCCUGUUUUGCAAAGCCUGCCACGUCCAGCACAAAGAAUCGUCUCGCUGA